AUGAACGCACCCAACGCCAUCAUAAAGACCUCCGUAGCCAGCGUCGCCGCUGUUCCCCGCGUCCGCCCUAAUCCAGCUCGUCUCCGCAAGCCCUCUCCGCUACCUCUCCGCCCGCUGGUACCCGACCGCUUCAAGCCUCCGAAGGGAGAGAAGCAAGUGUUCCUACCCAACUUCACCCUCACCUUCCUCCGCACGCCGACCCAACCGCCCCACUUCGCCUCCUUCCUCACCCCGCUCUGGCUCAACAAGCUCGACCUCAAAGACUACCUCUACCACGUCUACGGCGUCCAGGCCCUCCGCGUCCGCUCCUUCAUCAUCCAGGGCAAGGUCCUCCGCAACGACCGCACGGGCCGCCUCGCCCGCGCCGGCGCCGCGAAGAAGAUGACGGUCGAGAUGGUGCAGGGCCAGGAGGGCCAGGGCCCGUUCGUGUGGCCCGAGGUCCCGGACGAGGUGCUGGCGGAGGGUCGGGAGGCGCAGGACGCGAGGGAUAAGGCGGUGGAGGAGCAGAAGAUGAGGCAGCAGCCGGAUGAGAGGUAUAAGCUGGAUCCGAGGGAUGCGAAGGGGCUGAAGGAGAGGGCGAGGUUGUUGUUGCAGGGGAAGGUGAGGUGGAGGCCUAGUUGGGAGGAGAAUGGGGGCGCGGCGGCGGUGGCGAUGGGAAGGGAGGGGUAG